AUGCAUUUUGAUGAUUUCUAUGCAACUAUCAAUCCAUUUGGUCGAUAUCAAAAAGCAAAAUAUUUUCUAAUAUGUUUAACUUACAUGUUUCCGCCAAUCAUGGUCUAUACUUGGUCAUUCACAGCAGCAACACCUUCUUUCGAGUGUCAGCCAUCAACCGAUGAUAUGCGUCAUAAUUCUAUACCAAGUGAAUCUCAAUGUCGUCAAUAUAAAAGUCAGUUAUCACUGUCUGAGUGUCAGCAAUGUUUCCGAUGGUCGAACACCAGCGAUGAACCGAUGAGAACGUGUACAAAUUUCGUUUUUAGCCGAGCUUAUUAUCAAUCAACACUUGUUGAAGAAUGGGUGAUGGUUUGUGAUCGAACAUCUCUGAAAAGUUUUGUUCAAAUCGUUUUCUUCUUUGGUUAUAUGGUUGGUUCACUUGUCUUCGGUGUUUUAUCCGAUAAAUUUGGUCGACGGCCAAUUAUGGGCGUUUCGUUCAUUGUCAUCACCUUAGCUGCUUUUAUGUGUGCAUUGGCACCAAAUCGAAAACUCGGCUUUGAAAUAAGUUAUGCAUUCUUUGUACUGGGCAGAUUUUUAUUAGCAUGUGCGACACGUGGAGUUGCUCUUACCGGUUUUGUCAUUGGCGCGGAAAUUGUCGGUCCGAAACAACGGUUAUUCACAGGAAUUGUGAUUGAAUACUUUUUUGCCGGAGGUGAAUUGAUUCUUUUAGCACUUGCCUAUCUGAUAAGAACAUGGCGAUUAUUAAAUAUAGCAUUGGCUAUAUUAUCUAUACCAUUUCUCUUCUUUUACCUGAUACUUCCGGAAAGUCCUCGUUGGCUUCUUUCUAAAGGACAUUAUGAACAUGCGGAACGAAUUCUUCGACGAAUUGCAUCACAAAAUAAAAGACAUUUUGAUCCAGAUGCUUAUGAACGUUUAGUUGUCGGCGAAAGAAAACGAAAACUAUCAGGUCCACAUGUGGCACAUGGUUUAUGGCGUAUAUUUCAAUCGAAAGUAAUGAUUAUUAUCGGUAUCAAUAUGUCAUUUCAAUGGUUCGUUCAAAAUCUGGUCUUUUACGGCGUUUCGCAAAAUACGGGAAGAUGGUUAUCAAAUCCUUACGUUGCAUUUGCUGCAGGCGCACUAGUUGAAAUCGUCGCUUAUUUUAUAAUUCAUCUCGUACUGGACCGAUGGGGUCGAAAAUUAACAUUUUGUGGAUUUGUGUUCUUCUUCGGCAUUGUUGCAUAUUUAGUUGUGCCCAUUCAAAUGUUUAUGGUGAAAGACGGUCAAGCACAAGUGGUAGUUAUGUUCUGUAUUAAUGUAAUUUUGAAAUUUCUGGCAUCAGGCUCUUACGCAAUCAUCUAUAUCUAUGCGAAUGAAUUAUUUCCAACACAAGGACGAAACACAUGUAUGGGUGUAUGCUCAAUGGUUGCUCGUUUUGGUGCCAUUAUUGGAACGUUAUCAAAUGAUCUCUUAGCUCGAGCGUGGAUUCAUUUUCCAAUCGUAUUCUUUGGUACAACUUCUCUGAUCGCCGUUGCAUUUGCAACCAUUUGUCCUGAAACAGCGAACCGACCAUUGCCACAAACAAGUGAAGACGUUGAACUUGUUGGUCUUACAUGGCCAUGUCGUCGAUCGAAAUCAUCCACGCAUAAUGAAAUCAAUGGAAAGCCAUACGAUGAUGAAGAUGCAAUAUUAAAAGAACAAUUGAAUAAAAAUGGCAUCAUCUAA